AUGUACGCCACCGCACCGCCCCAGUCCGCCCUCUUGCCCCCCCCGACAGGUCCUGUGCGGAGCUUGUGCCCUGGAGCCCGGGAAACUGACCCCGCGGAGACAUACCGGGGUGCACAAGAGGCAGAGGGCAUGCCCAGCCAGAUUGCUGAGGUUACACCAUUAUACCCGUCAGAGUGUAGUUGCCUGCAACACCUAAAAUGGCUUAUGGCCACAUGCACUCACAUUAUCUGUGUGGGGACAGGCGGGUACCCCCCCCUGAACACGCAGGAUGCUGCGAGUCCCCAGUUCUUCCCUCUGACCACGGAAAUGGCCUGGUCGGCGGACAGGAACCUAAACGCCACAGCAAGUGAACAUUCGGGAUCUAAAACCCAACCCAAUUUAAACAUGGUACCCAUCAGACGUAAAAGAGUAUUGCUUAAAUACACCUAUGUACCACCGGACCUGCGAGUCCAUUGUGCACAUGUUAUACAUCUCAUAAUGCGACCUGCGAGCCGCUACCGCAUACCUAAAGGAUUGUACCUUACAGUGUAUAUGCGAUUACAAGUAAACAAGGGGACCUACGCGUCCACGUUGAAAUACUAUGUAUUGAAAAAUAUUCAAUAA